ACAACGGCAACACGGUUCUCCCAGAUGAGCUGCUGCAAGCCUGACGUUUCUCAGGUGUGAUUUCGUGCGAUUAUUACGCACACAUAUUUCAUUUCCAUAUAAAUUUUUUAAUUAAUAUUUAUUAAAAACGGCUUGAGCAUCAGAUAACGACUGAGCCCUUAUAAAACACAACGAAUUUUGAAAGUGUCAAAGUCAGCAACCUUCGUGGAAAAUGGCCGAAAAUAAACAAACCGAUAAAAAGGAAUUAGAUGAUCUGCUUGACAGUGCUUUACAAGAUUUCGAUAAAAAUAGCACGCCUGCAAGUGCAGGAGAUGCAGAUAAAGAUUUGACUGCAAAUGGGACGGCGACCGGUGCCACCGCUGCUGCUGGUACGGCAGCUGAUCCGGAUGCAUUUUUUAUUGAACAGGCAAAUGUGUUAGCCGAACGCAUGCAGACUCUCUUUGGUGGUCCAAACACGCCGAGUGGUGAAUUGCCACCUCUACCGCAAGAUCCUGAUCAAAUUUUAGCAGGAUUCAAGAAAAUGGCCGAAGCGGCUGCAAUGACCUUGCAAGGCGAAAAUCCAGCAAGUGAUGAGGAUGUUGCUAAAUAUUCGGAUAGCAUAGCACAAGCUCUGAAGGGGCUGCAAGAGGGUUCGGAAAAUCUCAGCGCACCUGUUUCUGAGACUGAUGUCGCUAGUAUGUUUAGUGGGCUCAAUUUAGAAAACCCCGGCGAGGGAGACAAUAAUAUGUUCCUGCCGUUUAUGGAAGGCAUGAUGCAGAGUUUAUUAAGUGCUGAAAUACUGUUGCCUAGCAUCAAAGAGUUAGUCGAAAAGUAUCCGAAAUAUUUUGAAGAACAUGGUAGCAAGAUUAGUGCUGAAGAGCGCGAACGGUAUGAAAAACAAUUGGAACUCUAUAAAGUGUUGGAAAAACUAUUAGAGGCAGAGAAACCCGACGAUACAGCUGCAGUCAAACGUGAAAAUUUCAAAUCUGUAUUGGAUCACAUGCGCAGACUGCAGGAGUUUGGAAACCCGCCUGAAGAAAUUUUGUCUGAAACCGCGGGCGAUCUGCCAAUAUUGGACCCAAAUUUAGCUGGUGGAGCAGGAGCUGGAGCAAACCCACAAUGUCCUAUGAUGUAGUUAGGUGAUACUAAGAAUGUCGAGGAAGCGUAUGUCAAUGUGUGAUGAAACAUCAACCUUUCUAAUAUAGUAAUAUUUAGUAUUUUGAUUUAUAACGUUAUUGUAGUUAUUGCUUUAUUAUUUAAAUUUUUGGCUAAAGACAAAUUGAUCUUUGCAUUCUCUGUUCAUUUCGUAUAUACAUAUGUACGUGUUGAAAUGCUUUUGAUAUAUUGUUCAUAUGUAUAUCAAUUAAUGGUUUGACGUAUAAGAAACUUUGCAAAUAUUAAUUUUUAAUGUUUUUUGAAAGAAAAAAUUAACUCAUAUUAAAUAUAUAAAAUGUUUUGAUAACAAAAGAAAAACACGGUGCAGUUCUGUACAUGAGUUACUUCUGUAUACAUUUAUUUUAUAAGUUUCAUUAAAUCAAAAUUUUAAAACAU